AUGUUUUAGCUAAACAAUUUUGUCAAUAAACCAAAGCGAACGACGCUUGUGUGGUGUAGAAUUCCGCCCAAAAGAAAAAAAAACCCGUGCGCUUCCGCCGUUUGAUGCCCAUUCGCAAGUAGGAACUAAUGUUUACGGAGCGAUGGCCGAAUUGUGCAAUCUAUUGACAUGCCGGCUGUGCCUGCAGAAGCAGUUCCAGCUUCUUCCAAUGUUCCCCGCCAACGAACCGGUCAACGAUGAGCUGCUGCGGAAGAUAUACGAAUGCGCUGCGGUACGGAUAUCGUACGAGUACGACCAAAGUUCCGUCAUCUGUAUCAAAUGUAUCGUGGAUGUGGAACAGUUCUACGCCUUCAAGCAGCGAUGCAUGGAAAGUGAUUCACUGUUUCAGAAAAUGCGCCUCGGCGGCAACGACCGGGGACUGGACGAGAGCGAGUUUGAGCAUGCCGCACUGCCGGACACAGAAUUUAUGGAACCCAUCACUAACCUGGAAAGUCCACAGCAGUACGACGCACCAAGGACAAUCGAGAGUUUCAUUGGAGGAGCGUCAAAGUUACUGCGCGUCGGCUACAAUUACCGUAUCGUACGGGUGAAUGACGAAUGCGACGUGCUUGUGUACCGUAAGCAUCGAUUUUAUCAACCAACCAAAGCGACCGACUGGAACCGGUGGAUCUGUGUGGCAAACAGUACAAACAGCUGUCCGGCUAGAUUAACCAUCUCUUCUAGGACAGGCUUUCCUGUCGCUUUGUUUAGCAAACGCAUUCAACAUAACCACUCAGAAGCGUUGGUGCAAACGAUAGAUUCGGCAGAAUGUUGCCAAGAGGAAGUAGUGCAAGCUCUACCCAGCUAUACGUUUGUCCUGGACGCUGACCGACGAUUGCGAUUGCUAGCCGAGGGGUACCGCUAUCGUUUGCGCAAGGUGUUUUGUGGUGCUGGGAAAAGUGUAUGGAGCUGCGUUCGGCCGAACUGCACUGCCUCCAUUGAAUUAUCAUACGACGAUCUCCUUACAUGUACGACAAGUAAUCAACCGCAUAGUCAUGAAGUGGAAGAAACGGUUCCGACGGCUCCUUCGAACCCAAAUAAUGAGCUUAUGGCCCAACAACAUCCAAAGCGCGAAAAAUACGGUUUAAACUAUUACAUAGCCGACGGUGUACUGGUGUAUGGUGGAAACUACUUCAAGGCGCUUAGUGAGUCAGAAGACAACUCAGCUACGAGUGUUUGGAAAUGCACGGUUAAGGAUUGCGCCGCCAAAAUUCAGCUGCAUGUGCAGUAUGCCGCAAUGAUCAACGGCAGCCAUAAUCACGUUAAACAAAUUACGAAAAACAGGAACCAGUUGGUGAAGCGCACCAUACAGCAGGGUGUCAAUUAUCGUUUGUUCGUAGAAGAGCACGGAUUCGUUCGGCUGCAGUAUCGCAAGCAAAGAUAUACCUAUCGAAAGCUACUGCCAAGCGGCACCUCGGAAUGGACCUGCAUAUGGAAGGGAUUAGGCUGUACAGCACUGCUACGAAUGCUACCCGAUGGACAGCUUGUCUAUAGCUGCACAGAGGAUUCCGUCAAACACGAGCAUCGUGUGGGGAAUGCGCUUGAAACACACUUUCCUCUCAGACAAGCUACACAGCGCACUCCUUCAUGUGAAACAAACUUAUGGACUACGUCUGCCUAUGAACUUUUGUGGAACCGAAACAGUAAACCCAUCAUCCACCGGCACCGUGAACGGUACUACGCGCACACUGCAUUCACACACGGCACGACCGAAUGGCAUUGUGUCCGUGGAAAAAGCACACUCUGCGAAGCGACCAUCACGAUCGAUAAGUACGGUGAGAUCGUUGCCGAACACGCAGAACACGUUCACGAGAAAAAGCGCAAAAAUGGUCUGAAAGUAAGGUGCCUCGAGCAAAACCCUUCGACGCGCACAUUGUUUACCAGCCCUGGGCCGGUACGCUUACUAGCCGGUGGCUUUAAUUACCGGCGAAUGCACGACGAUCAUCUUAACAUCGAUAUCGUUGUCCACGUUGCCCACAAGUACUUAUCCGACGGACCCGGUUCGAACGUUUACCACUGCAUCAUGCGCAACGAACCGCAAGCCUGUCCGGGGAAAAUCAUUCUCACCAACUACGCUCUCUGUGCCGAAAUACUGGCUACACAUAAUCAUCUCGCUCGUUCCGUACCGAAACUUCCGGAACCCGAUCGUAGCGCGCAGGUGAUCGUAGAUGGGCGCAACUACGAACUGAUCUACUCGAUGACCGGACGCAACUGUUUGCUGCUGCACGAAGGGCACGUGUUCCGUAUGUACAAGCUGCUGGAACCGUCCCAAACGUCCCGCUGGCGCUGCACUCACGCAGAGGUCGGUUGUAAAGCGUUCCUAAGCGUACCGUUAACGCUCACCAAACCCGCUACGAUGGAUGCACAUCCGCACGAUCAUUCUAGGGUCAGAUCCGGCGAUGGUACGACCGGCCUCGUAAAGGUGAAACAGGAAAUCGUCGAAGAAACUGACGAGAUGGUGACGAGAACAGACUGUAUGCAGUCGGAGCAAUCGCAUCGGCUCCGUCCCCGUCUCACCCCGAAGCGAGAACCGGUGGCCAUCACGGAAGAUGUGAAACGAUCGCUAGCAUUAAUCAAUCCGACAACAUCGGACGCCAGCAAUCCGUUGAGCUUGUUUCAGGACAUACGUGGCACGCUGAUUAAGGAGGAGAUGAAGCGUGAAAUGAUGGUAAAACCCGACCCCGAUGCCAUGACCUGCUUCCUGAACGGCCAGCUUUACGUGCGCCAGUUUGAGGAUCUCGAAACGCUCGAUGCUCCCGAAUGGAUGUGUGCGUUCCAGUGGACGCUCAACUGCAACGCACGGUUAAGCGAUCUUUCCGCACACACGCACGAACGGUUCGCAUCCGUCCGCACGAACGAUCGGUUUAACAUGCUCAAAACACUGAUCGCGCGCGGGUUGAUUGGUCAGCGGGGUGUGAUGACGCAGAUGCCCGAACGGCAGAAAGUGUCCGAGUACGAGCUGCUGCCAAGCAAUGGGAAUCUUUCACUGAUCAUCGACGAAAAUCGGUAUUACUUUUACAAGGCAAAGAACAAUGGGGAAUGGUUGUGGCGGUGCGUACGAUAUCGCUGGCAGGGCUGCAAGAUCGGGGUGGCCGUUUCGCAUUGCUUCGGGAAGUAUUACUACCAACCGUACGGCAACAAGGAACACGUACAUUCCUCCUAAAAUCCUACGUCAGCUGUGACCGUACGCUAAGCGAUACUGCCCGUUUCGCUAAAUACGUAACAUGUGUAUGAUUUGUUUAAUAUCAACUAUUAAUUUCGAAAUAUGUUAGGUUAUUUCGUAGCAUUUUGUUUUAAUAUAGCUAACGUAGCCACCCUAGUAGUGUAACCAAAUGUUUCUACAUCCUCAAGUCGACUGUAUCGUCCUUCUCACUACAGUCUUGUAACUGGAAAGUUCGUUUACGCUUAACAAGACGAAUGCGAUUUGUACGCGAUUGUGCGAUGUGAUGCGUAUAAUAUAUGGAAAACUAAUAGAAAAAAAAAGAUGUUGCAAAAUAAAUGUACGAUAAGUUUUGUUUGUCAGAA